UCUGAAAUAAGAUUGACUGAGUUUAAAACAGUAACGCGAUUUAUUGUUUUUAAAAAUAAAACAGAACGGUUGAGUAACAGUCGCAAACGUUUCCUGCGGAUAGGAUAUUGGCCGUUGCGAAAGAGAGGAGCAUUUGGCAAUCUUUCUCGAAGUAAAUUGAAUGAUGAUCUUAUGAGUGUUCACCCUUUGAAAUUUUGAAACCCGUCGUUUCCCAAAGAUGAUUGGUAGAACCUCACCAAAACAAAAUAGAAUGCUAGUUCUGAAUCCUGUUCUAAUCAGAGAAACACUCAACAAGAUAGACGAGUGCAUGGUUCGACUACAAGAACUUCAGUACACUGUGGCCGGUGGAACGAAGGUGGUCUCAGGGGUAAGUCUCAGCCCUCGAACCAGUUUAAGGUGCAAGCAAGAAUCAGUGAGGAGGAAGCAUGAUGCAGCAAGAAGAUCUCCACAUAGUAAGUUUUGAAAUCAUUGUCAAUUAACUUUUCAUGUUCUUAUGUAAAAGCAAAUCUUGAUGCAGGUGAAGAAUGGAGGCAAAUGUCAUUGUCUGCAAUGCUUGUUGAUGAGACUGUUGGAGAAAUUUUGCAGGCAAGUCAAUUUGCCAGAGAAAUAGUUUCAGCUGUUAGUAAGAAAAAUGCCACCAAGGCACCACAAACUCCACUGUCCCAACUGUCAAAUCAGAAACUUGACCCUGAAAACAUACAAUUCCAUGAUAGAAGGAAAAAAGAGAAACAAAUAAAAGUACUUUCUGAUUCCCCACAACCUCUGCGAGCUCGUUCUAGGAUCAACUUUAAGGUUUGUCCUCCAAAAGCUGCUGCAGAGUUUGAGAAAGAGAAUCAUAAUGUUAUUAAGUGUUUAGCAAAUAAGGUAUCUAUCAAGAAUAACCCUUUAUUCUUGUCUACAAAUUUAUCAAGGCAACAACAGUUUUGCAAGACAAAGUCUCCUGUCAUAUCAAGAAACAUGGGAACACAACACAAGUGUUUGAUCAAGUGCCCACCUGAAAAAGCUUCCCCAUUUCAAGGUCAAGUUAAAAAACCAUCAACUGUGUCUAUUUCUUCUUCACUUGCGAGACCUGCAACUACGAAUUUGAGUUUGAGCAAGAAGAGUUCUCCAAAGAGAUGGGUUCGAUCUUUCUCUCCUUCUAGAGUGGCGGCGAGAUUAUUAGCUUCCUCGCCAUUAAAGAGUAAGAAAACUGAGAAAAAAAUUGACGGGGUGACGGAUUUGAGAAAGAGUUCUUCAAAGGGACCACUUACAUCAGAACUAUGUCGAUCUUUCUCUCCUUCAAGAUUGACAGCCAGAUUUGUUUCACCGUUGAAGAGCAAGAAAAAUGCACCGCAAAGUGAUGGAAUAGUAAAUGGAGUGAAACAACGGCGACCGGCGAAAUUCCCUCCUCCAAAAAUUUGAAAAUAUAGAUUAUUUUUCAGUUUAGCAAUUCUAUGAUGUGAUAUGUUUUAUACCUUUG